AUGAAUCCAUUACUGACCGUCCUCUUCCUUUUCUCUCCAUCCUUUGCAUCUGGGGUGUUGAUACAGUCGUGCCCCACCCAAGACAUAUCACCCUGCAAGUGCAGCAAGAGUGAUCUUGGUCAGGUGACCGUAGAUUGUUCGAGAGCUAGUUCUGGUGCUGAGAUUUCCUCAGUACUGACGAAUGCCUCAUGGCGUUAUCCUAUACUCUGGCAAUUUCUCCUCGAAGACAAUCCUGGAGUGGUGGAGCUUCCCGAAGGAUCCCCAAGGGGGCCUGUCUUCCAGGUGAUAAGAAUUCUCAGGACUGGAGUGAAGAGGAUCAGUCCGUCGGCUGUGCUCCCGUCGAAGCUGCAUCUGGAGCAGUUCAUGACUCUGCAGAGUCGGCUGGAGGAAUUUCCCUUUCAGAUUCUCCAGGAAUUCCAGCGCUUGAAGCAACUGUAUCUCUUUACCAAUUUGUUGACUACGAUCCCCGCCUUCGAGAGCGACAGCCUAGAAACUAUUAUCCUCUACUCCAACAAGAUUGCGAGCAUAGAGUUCGACGGAAGGAAGACUCCCAAAUUGCGGGAACUCGCCAUCAAGAGUGACAGUCUGGAAAAUCUUUCACUUUUUUCCAAUAUGAUCAAGAGUGUGGAUAUCGACAAAUGGACGACUCCCAAAUUGCGGGAACUCCGUCUGGGCAACAAUUUGUUGGCUUCCGUCCCGGCCUUCAAUAGCGAUAGCCUGGAGAUUCUCAAACUCAAUAACAAUAACAUCACGAGUUUUGAAGCAAACGGAUGGACGACUCCCAAUUUGAGGGAAUUCAACAUUCAGUCGAAUCCCCUGUUGAAGUUCCCAUCUGCAGUGAUCAAGAAUCUGAAGAAACUCGAGACAUUUUGGUGCUCAGGGUGUAACCUGGGUCCCACCCUUUCGAGUGGUCUCUUGGCAUUCCAAAGCAAGACCUUGCAAUCGGUCGUCCUCACGAGCAACGGGAUCUUCAGACUGGAGCCAGGAGCCAUCACAGGAGAGUGGCCGUGGCAGGCGGCCAUUUAUGACGUCAAUAAACAGGAUGUCAUCUGUGGAGGGGCACUUGUUCUGGAGCAAUGGGUGCUGACAGCGGCCCAUUGUGUUACCGUGCAGGGUGCCGAGAAUCCUCUGAACCGGACAGACCUAUUGAUCUACCUUGGGAAACACCAUCGAGCUGUGGUCAAGGACGAUGAAUACGUGCAGAUCAGACAAGUGUCUCGCAUAAUCGUGCACAGGGACUUCAGCGUCCAAAACUACGACUCGGAUAUUGCUCUACUGGAAUUAGCAAAGCCUUUCGUGCUGACAGCGCGAGUGCAGCUGGUGUGUCUCCCAACCCAAUUGUAUAUCUCUGAAGAAAAUCUCCAGGAAGGAAUACAUGGAUGGGUGGCCGGAUGGGGCUAUGACGAAUCGGAUCUUCCUGCAGCCGUCCUGACAGAGGUUCAACUCCCAGUCGCAUCCGUUCGCUCGUGCCUUCACGACAUCGCACACUUGACAGGGAACUUCACCGCCAUUCGUACCAUCACCUCGAACAUGUUCUGCGCUGGCCUUGCUAGAAACACCUCUCUUCAGGAUUAUCGAACAGUGUGUCCUGGGGACUCGGGAAGUCCUAUGGUCUUCCUCUCAAAUGUCUCACUGGACAGCCACUGGACGGUAGAAGGAAUCGUGAGUCACUUCUUCCAGAAGGAGCCUUGUUCUCUGAGGCGUCCCGGACAGUAUGGCGUCUUCACCAAAAUUAACGGGUUCACCCGAUGGAUCAACGAUGUUCUAGAGGACUACUGA